CCUCCGUGUUCAGGCCAAGUGCGCCGAGGUCGGCCUGGCAGUGAAGCCCCAUCCACCGUCACAGCACAGCGACAGCUCACCGUGAUUUGAAGCUCGGUAUCGGUCGCCGGUUAUUGAUGACCGUGCAGUGAGGGAGCCCACCUUCCUACCCCGUCUUUGCGUGGCACCGCAUCAGCAGCUGUCAGGCUGCUGAAGAUCAAGACCUCAGAAAUAACGCUCGCUAACUGGUACAGCUGGAUUUAAGAACCACCGGUGAGACCUAAUCGAGCUUAGACCGGCUUGAGAAGGCUGCAGGGUGGCCAAAAAGCCACGGAUCGCCCGUUGACAGGUUGUCAUCAUGGGCAACGCGCCCACGGCUAGGAAGGGCAGCGAGAUGGAAAGCGUCAAGGAGUUCCUUGCUAAAGCCAAAGAGGACUUUCUAAAGAAGUGGGAGAACCCUGCACAGAACACUGCUUGCCUGGAGCAGUUUGAGAGGUUGAAAACUUUGGGCACUGGCUCGUUUGGCCGCGUGAUGCUUGUGAGACACAGAGAAACAGGACAGCACUACGCCAUGAAGAUCCUCAACAAGCAGAAGGUGGUGAAGCUCAAGCAGAUAGAGCACACUCUGAAUGAGAAGAGGAUUCUUCAGGCCGUCAGCUUUCCUUUUCUGGUGCGGUUAGAAUACUCUUUCAAGGACAACACUAACCUCUACAUGGUGAUGGAGUAUGUACCAGGCGGAGAAAUGUUCUCCCAUCUACGGAGAAUUGGCAGAUUUAGUGAGCCUCACGCUCGGUUCUACGCAGCUCAGAUCGUUCUGACGUUUGAGUAUCUGCACGCUUUGGACCUGAUCUACAGAGACCUGAAACCUGAAAACCUGCUCAUAGACCAACAGGGCUACAUACAGGUGACAGAUUUUGGCUUUGCCAAACGUGUAAAGGGCCGGACCUGGACACUGUGUGGCACCCCAGAAUAUCUGGCCCCAGAGAUUAUUCUCAGCAAGGGUUAUAACAAGGCAGUGGACUGGUGGGCGCUGGGCGUACUCGUCUAUGAGAUGGCAGCAGGUUACCCGCCUUUCUUUGCAGACCAGCCCAUUCAGAUCUAUGAAAAGAUCGUAUCAGGGAAGGUGCGUUUCCCAUCUCACUUCAGCUCAGACCUGAAAGACCUCCUGAGGAACCUUUUACAGGUGGAUCUCACAAAACGUUACGGGAACCUCAAGAAUGGGGUCAACGACAUCAAGGGACACAAGUGGUUUGCAACCACUGACUGGAUUGCCAUCUACCAGAAAAAGGUGGAAGCUCCCUUCGUUCCCAAGUUCAAAGGACCAGGCGACACCAGCAACUUUGAUGACUACGAGGAGGAGGAGAUCCGCGUCUCCUUCAAUGAGAAAUGUGCCAAGGAGUUUGCAGAGUUCUAGAGUUAGAGAGCGAGUGAGGAGGAAAGAAGGAAGUAGGGAGAGUCCAAGGUAGGCUGGUCGAGUGGGAGACGUAAGGAGAGAAUACAGUCUCCUGUCCAAUCACAAGCACCAGCUUCAAAAGAGGAAAAAAAUGGGAUAGAGAAGGGAAGAAAGAGCAAGGGGACUGAUUACCAGCAGUGUUGCCUUUUCUGUUGCGUUUCUGUUGUAUUUAAUUUAUUGUUAUGUCUUAUUUAUGGAUCCCUUUAUGAGGAAGAUGUGCUUCAAAUUCAUGGUUAUUGGGAACCGCCACUUGUUUAGAGUUGCCUCUACACAUUCAAACCCAGGAUCUUUCCUGCUCCUCUCAGUCAUUCAUCAUUUAGUCACAUUUAGGCUGCAUCACAGACACCAGACGGGCUGUUGGAGCAGCAGCACUAUAGUUGAAGUCUCAGUCUGCACAGGCUGACUCUACUCUCCUUUUCCAAGCUAAAGUGAGCAUUCAAAGGAAUCACAUUCACAUCUGCACUUAAAUAACAUUCAUGUUUUACAGCUGUGACUUUGUUUCUCCUAAACAGUCAAAACUUGUCAACCAAACAAGUCAGUUUGGUUGACUGCAUAACUCUAUCCGUCUUUUAUAUCAUUGUUAGCAUAGCCAGGCAUUGUUCAUAUCUAGAGUUUGAGUUUUUAAUCACAACUUAACGAUCAUGCCUGUGGACAGAAAAUGUCCAUAAGGGAAAGGAAAUAUUUAAAUUGUGCUAUGAAGGAACACUGUAACAUUAUAGUAUCUCAUGUUUGAACACAUCACUUGAUAGACAUGUUAUCAUCAUUAAGCUUGAAGAUUGGAUAUGGAAAAAGGUUUUCAAAAUCUUUGAUACUUCUUGUUUUUACAAAGUACAAUCUCUGUUAUUUUGAAGUGAUUGUUGGGUGUUUUUGAAGUGCGGUUGUAUGCAGUGCUAGUCAAUAGUAAAUACGUUAGCAAGGUGGAGGAACAUGUAUAAGACGGGUCAACAUAGUGCUACAACAAAGCAGCAUGCUAAUGGAAAAAUUAAAUGUUGUGAUUUUUUAAUGCAGCAUAUGUUGACCCUGAUGUUUUUGAGCUCAGUUUUCUUCAAAAUGGCUGAAUCACCUGAAGCAAUCAACUCUGACUGUUCAGCCAUAUUGAUAAGAGCAGCCUAAUGUCACCUCCCAUGCUCGAGCAUGACCAUGCCCCAUUUGGGUGAAAACAAACCCCAAGACUGAAUGUUGGUAGAUUAUAAAACAAUGGUAGCAGUUCGACUAAAAGCUAUUGGACCGGUGUUGUGACUCACAGACUAAGCCAGUGGUCACCCUGUGACAGCAGAAGCUGUAGUUUACCUGCCUGUUACAGAUGCUUCACUCAUUUGCUUAGAUAUUAAUUGUUUUUCAUUUAACUCGGUCAUAAUACACACAAAAGUUGUAUGAUAUCAGUGACAUCUCCAGUCAUAAGAUGGAGACAUUAGUCCAGGUUGACUGUGAGGAUCUGAACAGACACUCAUACACCUAUCAUGUCAUAAUGUUAUGUUAAAAGUCCCUGUUCAGAAUGGUCAACAUUUUUACCCUCUACUUUCACAAGCCUACCAGGGCAGGCUGUCUGGAAGCAUCCCCACAGAUGAUGCUGCCACCACCAUGCUACACAGUGGGGAUGGUGUGGAUGGAAAACAGUGGUUUUCUCUUUGCCACUCUCCCAUAAAGCCUCUGAGGAGGCACUCAUACACCUAUGAUAUUAUAAUGUUUUGAUCUAAGUUACUGUUCAGAAGUGUCAUCAUUUCUAUGUUUGACUCACAGCCUACUGAUUUGAGCUCCUAACAACUAUGGUUUUUGUAUCUGAAGCUUGUCAAUCACCAAAUACCUUACCUUUCUCAUUUACCAUCAUUCAUUCAGAUGCAAUGUUUUCACCCAGAGAGGGGGUCAGCAUUGUUUGGGUUGUUCUUAUUAAUAGCCUAGCUUUCAUGCUGAAACUCUGGCAAGUUUUUCCCUAAAGAGACUAUGCUGACCGGCAUUUUCUGUGGCUAAUAUUCUUACUACUGACAAGUGGCUCAUACGACCCCACUUCAUGAAACACCAAACUAUCUCUUUAAAUGAACCAUGAUAUCAAAAAUGACACUUCAAAAAAGCUACAACUAUUUCAUAAGACAGGUACCUGGGAGAAGAAUCAAUUCAUCAAAAAUUGUAAACAGCUCCUACACACUGUAUAAAUUGCACACUGACAGCAGUGUGCAGUGUGUGCAGUUUGUGACAAACAAGGAUAGUUCCAAUAUUGGGUGCCUAGGAUUCCUUUUUUGUUGCUGAUGUUUGAGAGCAGGGAUGAAUGGAGUUGAUUUUUAUUAGGAUCAAAUUUCAAAUUCUGCUUUCAUGACACUACUUUGCCUCGACGGCUACAACUUAAAGAGACCAUAUGAGGCGGACCACCUUACACUGCCUCAGGCUGAUGGUCACCCAGUCAUUCAGACCAGCCAUAAUUUGCAGUCUGAAUGUUUUGUUUUGUUUUGUUUUUAUCAUUUUGCCAGCAACCAGUUGGACCACAUAUCACUAUUUCCGUCCUUGUGUUCAUAGUCAGAGUUGUUGCAUAAAGGGACGAUGUAAAGAUGAACGGCAUUCCACAAAAUAAGUUGGGAAGUAAAAUAUUUCCUGACAUUUGUUCCUUUUUGAUAUUUUGAAAUGCCUUCUUCAUAGCUGUAAGUAAAUGUGCCACUAUUAUGAAGAUAUUCUUAUUUCCUUCUUACAGGCACUCUGGUUUUUCUGUUUUUUUUUUUUUCUUUUUUAAUUUAGUCAUGACUGUCCAAAGGAGUUCAGAUAUGCUUGGAAAAUAAUCUGUUAUCAGAACUACAUAAUUAUAACUUUGUAAAUUGUAUAUUAUUUGUCAAUCAAAUUACAUUUCAAUUUACCAAAAGUUUUCAAGAUCAGAGAUUGGUCAGGUUUCAGAUCAUCUUGAGGUCUGUGUUGCCUCAAGUCUAAGGCCGGAGUAACCAGCUGGAGGGCCCUGGCUCUUAUUAACCCAAUAUUCCUCCCAAACUAUGUACUUUAUGUUCAGUUUCACUCUUCUGAGAUAUUCCAUGGCCCCAGGUUUUCUAUGUGGUAAUUUGAUUCCAACACAAAUUAAUUUAAGAAUGUAAGCACAGCUGAAUUAAUGAAGGUCUUAAAGGGCCACGCCAGUGAUUGCAUUUCCAUUAAACACUCAAGACACUCAAGCACAGGCUACGAGAUCUACUUGUUUUCACACAUGUGCUCCUGAAAAAUACUAGAACUUUUCAAAAUAGCAUGCCUCUCAAAUAUUCCUGAGUUGCUUUUGCACACGUCCCUCACAGCCUGUCAGACAGGGUGUGGAGGAGGUCUGAAGAGGUAGAGAUAAAGUUCUACUAAAUGUAAAAUAUAAAGUGUGGAGUCUGAAACUAUAGUGCCCGUAAAAAAUAUUAAAGAAUGACUUGCCAGAUUAUUUGCAGUAUGGUGAGUCGAAACACAUAGACAUCCCUAGUUAAUGAAGGAUUAUUUGUCAGAGUGCCUCAGAUUUUCAGUUUUGACUGCCAUUUCUACUAUGGACUAUAAUUGCAAAUAAUCUGCCAAAUUACUCUUUCCUUUUUUGCUGUUUUAAAGAUAUAUAUUUUGGAUUUUCAUGCCUUUAUUAAUAGAGGAGGACAGUGGAUAGAAUCAGAAAUGGGGAUGUGAGAGUAGGGCAGAGACAAGUGGGAAAUGAUGCCACAAGUUGGACUAGAACCUGGGCAGUCUGCAUACAAGGGGGGCACCUUAACCACUAGGCCAUUUGUACGCCUUUACCAACAUUUUUGACCCCUUGUAGCACUCACCCUUCUUUCUCUACUGUAAUGUCAGUUUUUUACCUUUAUUUUAAAAAGGGCUGUCAAAAUAAAUGUGUUAAUUUUAACAAAUUAAAGACACAGUAUGUAGAAUUUCUGCAUUAAAAUAUCUAUAUGAAUUUAAAAAUUGACCAUUCCUGUUUUAUAUAUAUUACUAAUUGAUGUCUUACAGUAUCUCAGAUAUUCCCUAAAGAUUUCAAAGAGAGAAAUUCUUAAUUUUUUUAAUGGUAAUGGGACAUGUCAUGUCAUGGUGGCUACCAUAGGUUGUGAGUUCAAUUGCCCAAACUCACCUCUGUAACAUGGAACCCCUCACAUUUGGCAUUUCCAGUAAGAUAAGACCAGCACUAUCAGCCCUGCCCUCUUCCGCUGCCUCCUUCUCAUUACUAGUCUUUUUUUUGUAAUUGAGGACUCUCUUCAGUGAAAACAGCACUUCAUUAGGCAUAUUUACCAAACAGAAAACCCACAUGUUGUUUUCAUUCAUAAGUUUCUCAUAAUGAGGGAGAAAUGCACUUAAAAAUGCACGUCUGUGCUGUACCCCAGGAUGCGCAUGCACUCUAGCGUUGCUUCCAGCACACAUGCCCAUUCUGGGACAGCUUCCAAUGUUGUGAAAAUGCUCUUAGAUACAGUAGAUGAAGCACCAGCGUCCUGAGAGUGAAGCCAGAGUAUUUAGAGCUGCCUAACUGCAGGAUGUCAAAAACUUUGCCUCCUCAAUGAUAACAGAUUGGCCAUGGAUCAAACUGUAGAGUUAAAAUACUCAUCAAAUAUUUUCUCUUAAAGCAGGAAUCUGUCUGAAUAGCUAGGUUUUUUUUUUUAGUUAAUACAAAAAAGAUGAUUGAUAGCUCUGUUGACAAAUGUAGCUCCUGGGUCCUCAACUGGAUAAUUAGGACAGGAGGAAAAAGUACCAAAAACAUAUCAUUACACCAUGUCCUAACAGCAUUUGAGUGUCAGAUAUCAAUAUCCACCGUGCAUAUGUUAAAAAUGUUAUUCUCUGCCCUGUAAGUGUCAGUUUUCCCUGGUCUUGUUAAAACAAAGACAACUGUCCGUUUUAUCUUGAAUGCAGACAAACAGAAGCUUGGCACUUUGAGCUUUUAACUGCUAUGACCAUAGUAGUUUUAGUUCAACAUUUCUGAGUCAGUAACUUCGCUCAAGGUGCAAAACUAUCUAAAGCCCAAAGGCAUUCUGGGAAACCUCUGCAGAUUAAGGUUUGAUUGUCAUAUAAUUUGAGUACAAUUACAAGAAAUACUUAGAGUGAUGGAGUACUGUUUACUUUAGACUACAGAUGUUUUUAAAAGUUCUAUCACCUCAGAAAAAUCAAGCUGAAAUAGCUGUUUUGGAUUUUUAAGCACAAUUCUUUUUUUGAACAACCUUCAACUAUUUGGUCUUACAGUGUACAUUAUGUUUCCAAUCAUGAUUUUAAAAAUAUAAAUAUGUACAUCUAAUUCUGAUCACAUCAGCGCAGACAGGGGCCCGUCCCCCCCAGACCCCUUGAUGUACAGCUUUUUCAGCUCUGUUUCUGUUCAUCAGGUGUCAAAUUACCACAAACCUGGGGCUUUUGAGGGCUUUAGCCCCCACUCCCCCCAUGCUACUUGCUUUUCUUACUCCACUUCUUUCUCUUGAGUUAAAACCACUGAUAAUGAUCAACAUCAAACAAUAUCCUAUUUGUAGAUAACUGGUGAUAAGAGCUUGACGGUGGAUAUUUGUUCUCAGCUUGGUUAUCUGUUUUUAUGGACUAAUUUAAAGACCUAUGAUUAUUAUUGUCAUUAUAAUUAUGAUUACAACAUUGAUGUUAACCACUUGUUGAGACUUCACAUUUGCUGUAUUUCCUCCAUGUCAAGUUUAAUGUUGGCUAUAUCAUCAUGGACAAAAUGUUUGAAGUUAUGAAAACAAUAUGAUUCUGUGUCUCCUCGAUGUUUUUUGCAGUUCUAACUUCCUCUCAAUGCAGGCACAAUGCUGGUACAUACUGUCGCACUUUUUAGGGAAAUGAGACCCCAAUGUAAACCAUGUUAACCCCCGGAACACACAGACACACAUACAAACACACGGCCAGUCACACACACUGCAAAGGGAAGCGUCUAAGGUCACAUGAGAAGUGACAAAGAAACACGAAGUGUAAUAUUUUGCAA